AUGCAAAUUAACCUGGACCAUAUAGAGAUCCCACAGCUUUACCUAGUUGAAGAGCGUUCCAAAAUGCUCGUGAUUAGGACUAUAAACCAAGCAAAAGAACGAGUAGGAAUAAGACUAGGCUUAGAAGAACUAGCUGAUACUGCUGCCUACGCAUGGAAAGAUAACCGUUUGAAUCUAACAAGUAUUGAAAAGCCUAUACAUAUCACCGCGGCCAAGUUUAUCGCUAACACCAUUGAGGAUUAUUGGAAGCUGACUACUGUCUUCAAGUAUAACCUCGAUUAUAAAGGGCAAACUACUGAUGAAGUGAGUCAUCAUUACUAUUUCGAGGCCAUCUUCAGUCAACCAACAGCUGCUUUUCCUAUACCUCAAGCAACUGCGUCGGUAUACUUUAGAAUUGAAGACGAGAAAAUCGACACGGAAAAGACGCCAAAGAUGUUGUUCCGAGUUGAGGGUAAUUUCACAGACCACGAUGUCCGCUAUGUGGCCCCGACAGCUGAUUGGCUGCUUGCUCUCAUUCAGAAGAAGAUAAAGUUUUUCAAGAGAAUAGAGACAUUGAAAUUGUUUUGA